AUGGUUUCUGCAGUGAAUGAGUAUAUUCUAAGUCAAUUUCCAGGAGAUGCAGUGGCAUAUUUCAGCGCAGAUUCUAUUGAGAUGGACCCUGGGAAGGAGGGAGUUGUGGAUGCUGAUUAUUCAACCGAGUUUUUGAACAACCUCAAGAUUGGAAACUUUCCAGACCAUCAGCUGGAACUAAAAGUUGGGUGUCCAGUCAUUCUAUUACGGAAUAUGGAUCAAACUGUUGGCCUUUGUAAUGGUACUAGAAUGGUUGUGAAGACUUUGGGUAAAUGGUUCAUUGAGGUGGAGAUUUUGACAGGUACCAAUGUCGGUGAUCGCGUCUUCCUCCCCAGAUUGACAUUAUCAACCCAUUACAAGAGUCUUAAUUUCACCCUCAUUAGAAGGCAAUACCCUGUUGCUCUUUGUUUUGCCAUGACUAUUAACAAAAGUCAGGGUCGAACACUAGCCAAUGUUGGUUUAUGUCUUCAAAGACAAGUUUUUAGUCAUGGUCAGCUAUAUGUUGCAUUGUCAAGAGUUACUACAAGGCAAGGAUUGAAGAUUUUGAGUGCCAAUGAGAAUGGAGAGGAAGGCACUUCAAUGGUGAACAUAGUAUUCCCAGAAAUAUUUGAUUGA